GGAUGAGUGCGCGAGUGUUUUCUGUUUUGCUCCGCACUUGGCUGGCGUACGUGCAUUGUGUGCGUGUGUGUGAUGUUUUUUAUCUGCUGUUCGCAUUGAUAUUCCUCAGUGUAUAUCUAGGAAGAGAAUUGUAAAGCAAAAAAAAGUGCUUCCAGUGGUUGGUGCAAUGUUUUCACUAAAUUUGCCAUCCUAACGAUGGGUACAUAGACUUCUGUCGCGUCCUUGUGGAACAUCGGAUUGCAAGGUGUCAAAUUGUGCAAAUUAUAGCCGGAUUGGAUGCCGUGCUAGUGGUGGAAACUGGUUUACAAAAAUUGAGUGAUAUGAUUUGCGUGUAUGAAUCAUAACAAAAGUGGUAGAAAAAUUCCAUCGGGGUGUGUGAAUACCUAUCGGAGGCUGCCUGUUGAGUUUCUUUUUCUUCUGUGCUAAUGCUGUUUUUAUUAUUGCUUUUGCCUGGUGCUGAUUUGUAUGAUGAUGGUUUUGAAGUGAUCGGAAGGAAGAGGAGCCUUCCCGCGAGUGUUGCCAGGCUUGGUAAAGCUUGUGUCGUGGAGUUUAAAUGCUUUUUACGGGUAUUGCCGAGGUCAUCACGUUUGUGCAUACCGAUACAUAUUGCCCUCCUGCGUACGUGCAUUCAAAGUAGCUUUUCAGGACAAGUGUUGAAAUCCAUUUCAGCAAUAGGCAGCGCGUAUGCAAUAUAGAGAAUGAUCGAUAUGCGACUUCGUGCUUAAAAUGUGUAUGGUGAUAAGCUUGGUUGCCUGGUAGCGAGAAUUGUAUUUGAAAUUAGGAUGGAAGUUAUAUUCAAUAUUUGUCGAAAACGAGCCGUUUUCGAGACAAGCCUGAUAGCAAUUUUAUUGGUUUACAAUUAAAGUGUUGUCAAUGAACAAACUAAAGAUAUUUCAGAAAUAAUCUGUGUCAUGAUUUCUAUACGGUGUUCAAAAUAUGUGACAGUGUAUUGAUAAAUACGAAUUCCCGUAUGGUUGUCCAAAUAUUUGUUUAUAUAUAAUGGUGAUAUCGAUAAGGUUUGGUAGAUUGAUUACAGAACGCAAACUAAUUACUUCUACCGUCGCAUGUCUUAUCUGGCACCACUGGAAAGUUAUCACUGGGCAAAGAAAUGAUAGCUGAAACCGUUGCGAUUGCUUUUACUUUCAGUAAUCAUCGAUGAUGUACAGUUUGUGUGCUGGAUAGUUUUGAGCAAAAACUCAAAUAUAGACAAAAAGAUUGAAAUGCAUUGUGAGAAUGAUUUGGUGUCCUUCACAACGAAUGCCGAUACGAUAGGAUGUAGCAGAGUGAUGGUGUGAAUAAAAUCAGAAGAAUAUUGCAAGAUAAGAUAAGCACCAUUUGUCCGGUUAUCAUUGUAAUCAUCAUCAUCAUCAUUAUCGUUGUUUGAGGUUUGCAACAAGAAGGUGUGAUGGAUGUGUAGAUAGGUGGUGAUAAAGUGUCCGUGUGAGCGAAAGAAUACGCAAAGAAACGUCAAAACCAUGGUGAUAGGAAAACUGCAACCUCUGGAAUUUACGGACUGUCUGCUGGAUAGUCCGGAAUUCCGGGAGAAUUUGAAUCAGCACGAGAAGGAAUUGGAGAAGACUAGUCAACAGAUAAAACGGAUUAUAAAAGAGGUGAAGGAUCUUCUAGCUGCUGCUAAAAAUCUCUCCCGAGCACAGCGGACUUUAUCCAAAAGUCUAAAUGAAUUCAAUUUCGAGUGCAUCGGUUCAACGCAAACCGACGACGAACAGGUGAUAGCGGAUAGUCUUAAGCAGUUUGGUAAGCUUAUAUCAGCGAUAGAGGAGGAGCGUGAUAACAUGCUGGACCGAGCACACGAUCAAAUCGUGGGACCACUGGAAGAGUUUCGUAAGUGUCAUAUCGGAGGCGUGAAGGAGAAUAAAAAAAAGUACGACAAAAAAACUGCCAAAUUUUGCCAGGCACAAGAAAGGUUCCUCAACAUGUCCUCCAAGAAGCCAGGAGCUGCAGUGGUGGAGGCCGAUGCGUCAUUAGGAAUGCUAGAGAGAGAAUAUCUGCAGGAAUCCCUUAGUUAUGUUCUUGGAAUACAAGAAGUGCAGGAAAGGAUAAAGUUCGAGUUUGUUGAAAUUAUUUUAAGAUUCAUAUCCGACUGGUUGGUGUUUUACCAUCUCGGUCAUGAAGUAGCGGAAGAUGCCAAAGACUAUCUAUCAGAUCUCCAACUCAAAGUGCAGAAGACUAGAGAAAAUUUUGAUGAAACUCGACAGAAAGCGCAGGAGCUAAAACACAGAUACAUGGAGAGUAAAAUGAAACCAGAGAGCGAAUAUACCAAACAGGGUUAUCUGUUUCUCAUGGAAAAAAAAGCAUUCACUGCAACAUGGUCCAAAUACUAUUGUACCUACAAAAAGCAAAGCAAACAAUUCUCCAUGUUGCAAUUCAACCAAAUGUCAGGGCGAUCGCAAUCGUCAACCGAUGUUUUGACGCUGGCUUCAUGCACACGGCGGCUUUCAGAGUUCGAGAAACGUUACUGUUUCGAUUUGAUUUUUGAAGAGCGACCAGCGAUCACGUAUACAUUUCAGGCACUAAGCGAGGAAGAUCGCAAAGCUUGGCUGAAUGCAAUGGAUGGCAAAGAACCGACAUAUUUGGCCCCAUCGACAAACCACAAUGAAGAUGGCAAUCUGGAUGAUGUUGGAUUUGCAUUUGUACGCAAAUGCAUUGAGGUGUUGGAGCGACGGGGGCUAGAAGAAGAGGGUCUUUAUCGUAUCGGUGGUGUGAGUACAAAGAUAACAAAGUUACUGAAUAUGGGACUAGAUAGAAAAAAGACUGAGAAAGAUAGAUUGAUGUUUUUCAAUGACGAGCAAAGCUCCGAUGUGUUAGAAAGUAAGACGAUAGCAAGUGCAUUAAAGCAGUAUCUAAGGCAUCUGAAUGAACCGUUGAUGACAUUUCGGUAUCAUCAUUCGUUUAUAACAUCUGCAAAACAAGAGACAAGGCAACAGCGGAUAAAUGACGUCCAUCAGCUGAUACACAGACUACCUAAAAGUCACUUCGAUAUGCUUGACAUUGUUAUCAGGCAUUUAAAAUCUGUUUCCCUUAAGUCGGACAAGAACAAAAUGUCUGUGUUCAACCUAGGUGUAGUAUUCGGACCAACAUUGCUGCGUGCGGCUGAGGAAACUGUUGCUGCCAUAUUAGAUAUCAAAUUCAACAAUGUUGUGAUAGAGAUUCUUAUCGAGAACUAUGAAAAGAUUUUCAAAUCUCAACCCGGCAAAAAUGAAUACUUAUCGCACACAAAUACUAGCCCACCGUUAGCAUUCCAACGAUCGUACGCUGGCGUCGGUGGCGGAGGAAACUGCGGUGGUGUGGGUGGCGUAAGUGGUGUUGGAAUCCUUGGGGGAGGUUAUGCCAAAGAUCGCAAUUCAACAUACUCUCAACCCGUGGUGCGGGUUGUUGCAAAGUCAAAUUAUACCGAACCAGUUAUGUCCUCCAGCUUGCAGAAUAUCUCCAAUGGCCUAUCUAUGUACACAAAAGGAACGAAUCACUAUCCCACCUAUGAAGCUAAACCAAAAAUAAUAUCAUCAAUUAAUAGUUCAACGCCGUCGUUGUUACGGGACACCACACUUUCGCCACGGGAAAUCAGUAUAGAUACUCGAGAAACUACUUACCUGAAGUCCGCGCCAUCGACAAUUACAAUUAACAGCCAUAAUAGCCCUCCUCCAAACCAUAACCAUCAUAUCGUACGACCAGAUGGCGGCAGCGGAGGUAAUCAAAUAUAUCAAAGCUCCUAUCAGAGUCAUCUUUUACAUAAUCGAGGUGAUCCUCCUGCAAUGAUCCGGGGUGGAAGCGCUGGAUCGGAAAGUAUUUAUGGCACCACAACAACAAUGCACAAAUUAGGGCAUUCCAAUCCAAUGACGAGUAGUGAAUCCAAUCUAACCAACACGAGGAAAGAACUUUCCAUAUAUGAUCGGAUAAACUCUACCAGUAGUUCGAAUGAGUCGGUGUGUUCGUCAUCUAGUCGUGAUCUAAACCAUUCAUACGGGAGCAGUAGGGUGAUGCCUGGCUGGGACUAUGGAACCGGAAAUGGUAGUAUAGGAAUCGUGAGUAGUGCGCUGAGUAAAUUCUCAAUUCGGGACGAUGCUAGUCAAAGUUAUAUCCCGAAGAAAACCCAACGCAUGAAAGGUCUAACACGUCACACAAAGUUGGUAACACCCCGAGACAAUUUGCGGGUUAGGACCCUCUAUGCUUGCCUGGCCGAGAAUGAUGGCGAGCUAUCGUUCGAACCAAAUCAAAUCAUUACCAAUGUAAAACGUUCCAAUGAACCUGGAUGGCUCGAAGGCACUCUAAACGGCAAGUCUGGACUUAUACCAGAAAACUACGUAGAAGUAUUAAAAUAACGCAAACGGUAGCAAUGUAUGGCGAAACCACCAAAAAACGAUAAAAUCGGCCUGGAACAAUAGAAACUAGAUGGGUCUCUCGCACACAACAUACAAUGUAUUGUGUAGUUUAUCAAUUGCUGUUUACCGGAAUCCAGAUGGUAUGUUUUAGUCGAUAAGAUUUAGUGAACACACAGCCUGGUAUUUUAACAAAAGACAGCUAAUUGUCCGAUACCGGAGCGUCAUGUUUGUCAUUCAAACGAAAUAAACACAAAAAACCUUAUGUAUUUUUUCGAGAAGUCUUUCUUAUCGCUUAUUUCCUUUUCGAAGAUUUAUUUUAUACAAGUAUAUAAAUGUAACAGAAAUAUAAUUAUGGUAAGGGAACCGAAACCCGGUUAAGAAAGAUAAGGAUUGAAAAAAACUUUACUCUUAUACACCUUCGUGCAACAAUUUAUAUACACAAAUAAAAUGAAAGAUGGAAAAGGCUGUAAACCAAAAUCUUAUAUUGGCACAAUGAUUACUGUUCGCUAACAUUCAAUUGAUUUUAACGCUGUAAGUAAACAUUAGAGUAGAUGGCCUAUAAUUUUCAUAUCAACCAACAUUAACGUAACAUCAAUCGUCAAAUUCAGACAAAAGAGACUAAAAGGAUGUUGUCUCUAUGCUUGACAGCAAACGGAACCGUGAACGGCGACCUUAUACAAAUAUAGACAGAAUGAAUGAAAUAAUUUCGACUACAAGAGAGCUCAAUGCUAAGCCCAGCUGCAGUAUAUAUUAUCUGUCACUAGAGUAAACGUAAUAAACAAGACAUGAAAAUAAUAAUGUCAAAACAACAGAUGCAUAACACCAAUAGAUGUGGAAUAUCAUACUUCUUCAUUAGUGUUGAUAAAUUCUAAACUAAACUCAAAAAUGCACAUGGGGUGAUGCUCGUACAACGGAUUGAUUAACAGCAUAAUAGACGUUCAAAAUCAUUCAGACAUAUAUUACAAAAUGACAUUCAACAUCGAACAUAAUGUUUUAGCCUCUAUAAAAAGAGCUUCUUACCGUCCAAAACCAUGCAAAUAAUUAUAAUUUUGUUUAUUUCACGAUUCCAUGAAACAAUUUUAGAAUGGAUUGGUGUUUUUUUUCCUCCUGUGCACUGCCAGAAUCUAUUGAUUAAAAUUUAUUGAAAUUCUUAAAUUUUAAAUUCUCGCAGCUUUUAAGUAUCAUAUUCUUCGUAAAUAUCGUCCUUUAACACAUUCUUGGCAGAAGUACGCCUGACUAGUGAAGACCGUAACGGCAUAUCAAUUGAGAUUAGUUCGUUUGAUUGACAUUAAAGUUAUCAUUCAAAGAAUUGAACCUCCGUGUACGCAAUCAUCGUUUUGUACAAUACAUUGCAAACACAAACAAAAGGACAAGGCACCUUCGAAAUCUGUGUAGUAUAUGAACAUUUAUCUUGAUGAAAUUCGUUUCAGAUUCUGAAGACUAAUCAUAACUAGAACAUAUGAAACACAUGGAAAACAAUGACACCAGAAAGAAUAAACUUAUAGAUAUAAGUUUAGUGUAAUUAGUGUAUCAAAGGAAUUAUUACAAAAUAACUAAAGCUAGGAAAGAAAUAAGAUAGGAAGAACAUUCAUACCAACUGCAACAAAGUAAAUCAAUCAACACUAUCGAUUGUCGGAGUUAUUUGUUUUUCAGAGAAGGUGAUAAUCAAAUGAGUGGGUACUAAAUUUAUCUUAGAUUUUUGUACAUAUUGUAUAUUAUAUAUCGCUGUGAAUUUUCCACUCUAGAAGAAAUUACUUCUAAAUUUCUUUUCUGAAAUGAGUUGCCAUAUUAACGUACAAAAAUAACACAACUAUCAACGCAAAAUUACCUUGUUUGUAGAAUAAUAGAAAAUAACUUUUUUUUUUGCAACACGGAUGGAUGUUGUUUGUCUAUCCUCCACCAGAUGGCCACCUUCGAUGAGUUGUAUCUUUGUCCUGUAAUGAUUAGCUGUUUUCCUUCAUUCCUUCGUUUCCUUAUCAUUCCUUUAUACAGACUUCUUCUCAUUCGGGCUAUUUGAUAAUAAUUCACAUGUAUUCCGAUUUCCAACCGAUGAAACCCACAGAGAACUAAACAACACAUUCCCUUUAUUUAUUCAAGCAGUAUCUUGAAACUUUAGUCUCUCUGUUGAAUGAAUUAUUCCUCAUUUUUUGCGGGACAAUAGAGGAGAAGACCUUCUCGUCAUAAAGAGAGAAAGCAGAAAUCUGUGAUAUCAUCACAUCAAACGGAGAAACGGUCUUAUUUGAUUUUUGCUGAAAACCCUACCCUCCUAUGUUUCUAUCGUUGAAUUGUUUUAUACUGUAUAAAAAUAAUUUCAGUUAGUGUGUUUGCGUUAUUAAUAUUUGUUGAUGUUUUUUUGAAAAAAAAUUCCAAAUGAUUUUAGUUUUCAAACAAAAUACGCGAUGAGACAAAUUAAGAUAGUAGAAAAUAACAGAUAAUUUUACUUUGCCUUCAGAGUGGAACAUUAUGGGCAUAGCCAAGUAUUAUGCUGUAAAGAACACUUCGCGUUAGGGAACAAGUAAAUGUUUGAUUUGAAUGUAAUUUAGAGUGCUGAAAGUGAAUUUAUUGUGAAUAACGUUUUAAACAAUAGAAUUCAACGAUAUAUUGUUAUUUAAUUUUAUGCUUUUUAUAGUCAGUUGUAAAAUAUCGGAAGUUUAGAAACAGAAGACCGCAAUGAAAACUUGCGAAUUAUUUUAUUUAUACACAAGCUUCGAUGAAUGAUGGCUAGAUGAGAUAAGGUGCAGUUAAAAAGAGAAACAAAAUCAGUAAUAUAA